GCUACUCGUGUCAUGAUGACGAUGAAUUAAUAACAUUUAAAUUUUGAUUAUAAAUGAGGCACCGAAUUCGUGGAAAUUUAGUAAUUGUUCAAGUGAUUCAACUAGAAGCAUGUCUAAACAAUUGAUGGUUUGUUUGAUUCUGGUUGCGGUUUUGGGAGACCGAUUCAUGCAAACUGAAGGUGGGAUAGAAUUUAUGACCAAAGUUGUUACCAAAACUAAGGGAGCACUAACAAAAGCCAACAUGAAAUGCGCGGAAGGCCGUACAGAUCUUCAUGACGCUGCUGAAAAAGGUAAUUUGGACGAAGUUAAAAAGAUCAUCCAGAAAGGAGCCAAAAUUGAUUCGACAGACAAAGACAAAAGAAAGCCUCUUCAUUUGGCUGCUAUGAAUGGUCGCAAGAAUGUCGUUGAAUUCCUCAUCAUGAAGAGAGCAAAUAUCAAUUCUUUAGAUAAGGCUAAUCAGACACCUCUUCAUUUGGCUACUGAGAAUGGUCACGAUGUUAUCGCUAGAAUACUCAUUAGAAGUGGAGCCCAAUUUGAUGCUAUCGACUCUCUUAAGCGGACACCGCUUCAUUAUGCUGCUAAGAAAGGUCUCAAGGAUAUUGUUGAAGAGCUCAUCACAAAAGGAGCCAAUCUCAAUAAUAAAGAUCUUCACGGGAGCAUACCUCUCUCGCUAGCUAUCAGCAAUGGUAAGGCUGACGUCGCUGAAAAGCUCAUCAAUAAAGGAUCCGAUCUUACUUCUAAAGAUGAAUACGGAGACACACCUCUUCACCUCGCUGUUAGGAAUGGCAUAUUGAAGAUCGUUCAACUUCUUGUCGAGAAGGGCGCCAGUCUUACUGCUAGAGACAAUCGUCCAAAUAGACGUACACCUUAUGAGACAGCUUGUGCCUUUAGCGGUGAAAAUCUCCAGGAAAUUGCUGCCUAUCUUAGAACCAAACUUUAACCAUUGCUGCUUUGUCGGACUAUCGAUUUUAACAUUGUGUCAGAAAAAGCACUUCAAGUUAUUUGUCUUCUAAAUUUCCUACGAUAUAAAUAUUGAAUAGAAUUUUUUUUUUGGAUUUGUGCAACCCCAACAAAUAUCCGUGCUAAAUUUAGACGCGAUAGGUGUGAGUGAUACGUCGUAAGAAACCAUCGGCGAUGUUAGUUUUUGUGCUUAAAUCAAAUGAAAAUUGCACACUCCGUUGAAUCAAUGCAGUUUCAAAUUGAAUGUUUGUUAAGGUUGUGCCAAUUCAGGAAAAGAAUACUUUACCCGAAACCUAAUCGCAAACGAUUCGCAUGAAAAUGCCAAGUAAUUUUUUUGACAGAAUGUAAAUAAAUCAAACACAGUAAAUCAUAAAAAUGAAUCUAAAUUCUGUUCAGGUUUGAAGUGACCUUUGCUAAUUUUCAAUGGAUAAAAUUGUAAUAAAUAAAAGUAUUUCAUUUUUGA